AUGUUCUCCUCCUCCUCCUCCUCCUCCUCAAAACUCCUCGCCCUCCUCCUCGCCCCCUCCACCACAGCAGCAGCCCUCUACUUCCACCUCUCCCCCUUCCACACCACCACCACCCCCACAACCCACGCCUUAAACUUCACCAUCUCCAACCCAAACGCAGUCUACGAACAAGGCGGCUCCGCAUCCCGGCACUGCAACCUCACCUGGUCCACCACCCCACCCACCUGCCUCACCGAAUGCAGCGAUUCCGGCUACCCCUACUUCUUCCGAAUCCGUCCAGAUUCCUACAAACAUGCCGGGGAGUUUGAGUUGGAAGUGUUGGAGUAUUAUGUUUAUAAGAAUUCGGUGAUCAAUAAUGCGACGAUCAGUUUGAGGGAGGGGGAGGAGGGGUAUGGGUGUGUGAGAGGGGGGGAGGGGAGUGUGGUUUGUGGGUUUGAGGAGGGGGAAGGGGUUGAUGUGUCGUUUAAGGAGAGGUUUGGGGUGGGGUAUCCGGAGGAUGUUUGUGAGUAG